UAAUAUGCUGUUAUAUUUUUUUGUUUUUCUAUUUAGAGUUGUACUUGCUUAUCAGGGUGGAAAAAUAUUUGGAGGAAGAUAUGCAAAAGAAGGAGAGUUCCCUUUUGUUGUAUCGGUACAUACCGAAACAGAUUGCGCAGGUUCUUUGGUGACAUUGUCCAAAGUAGUAACCGCAGCCCAUUGCUUCAAAUAUAAAGCUGACGACCAAGUCAAGGAUGUAAAUUUAAUGAACGCAUGGGUCACAGCCGGAUCUAUUGACGAAGAGAAGGGCAGUGAUGAAUUCGACAAUAGGGGAAUCGAAAUGAUCUCAGUGCCCAAUGAAUACAAAUAUGGUUCAAGAUGGAACGGGCGACUCGACUCCCACGAUGUCGGUCUGGUGUUUCUGGAUUAUCCAUUUUACGCUGGUCGAAUGUUGCAGCCUAUGAAAAUUGUUUCGAGGAAGAAAGCGGUAUUUAAACAAAAAUGGGAUGAAAUCGUGGCUAUGAGGACGGUAUGCUACGCCAUGGGUUGGGGAACGACGGCUUUUAUCAUCAUUGAUAAUGAUAUCGAAAUGCCAUCUAUGUCAUCUUCUAUAUUGAAAGUGAUCGAAGUAAGUCCGUUGCCAAAUAAGACUUGUCAAGCGGAAUAUAAACCUGAAGAUGAUAUGACCAUGUACGGGGAAAUCUGCGUUAAAUCAAUCCGAGAAAACGAGACCAUCUGUGAUGGGGAUUCCGGAGGCCCGUUAGUUUGCAAUGGUCACUCUUAUGCCAUACUCACUCAUGGUCCGAAAUGUGGAGAUAGCUCUUCUUCACAAGGUUAUGUUCUUUUCUGGUACUACCUGGACUUCUUAGGCCUCACUGAAGCUUCUACUUCGACAAAUCCGAAAUGCCAUCUCUUACUGUUCUUUUUACCCGUUCUAAGUAAAUAUACAUAACAUUUUAGUAAAUAUCGUCUUUUUCAUUUCCUCUAAUGUAAGAUUAAUUUUAUAAAUGUCAUGUGUUCGAUUGUUUUGGA